AUGGAACUGCCACUAAUCGGAGAGCUGUCAAGCACAGCCUGCCUCUUGUCCACCAUUAUUCUCCUCUUAUCCUGUGUUUAUUACUACUAUCUACGAUCUUUCUUCGGUGCCUGGGACGGCCUGGGAGUGCCUGGGCCAAAGUAUGAGUUCUUUUUUGGCUACAGUCGCCAGUCCAAGGGGAAGACCUGGCUAAAGAGACUUGACGACUAUUUCCAACGUUACGGGAAGAACGUGGCAAGUUACAACUUAGAGCGACGGUGUCCCAGACUAUCUACGUGUGACUCGGGACUUAUGAAACACAUCAUGGUCAAAGAUUUCAACAACUUUGUGGACAGAGGAGCAAACCUGAUGACUACGUCAAACAUAAAAAGAGGUUUGUUCUUCCUUGACGGACCAGACUGGCGACGCAUCCGGUCCACUCUCUCCUCCGUGUUCAGCAGUGGGAAGCUGAAAGUGAUGACGUCACACAUCAACAGAACUGGCGAAAACCUUGGGAAACAUUUGCUGGCGAAAGCGACACAAAAGAAACUAAUUGACGUGAAGCAUGAGUGUGGUCACUACACGUCAGAGCUGAUAGCUACCCUGAGUUUCGGCGUCAACCCAAAGGCUGUAGGUCAGGACGAUGAUGCGGAGUUCACAGUACACACAAAGGGACUCAUCAAUCCGAACCCAGGAUCAAAGUUGAUUUUGUGGCUGCUCGAUACGCUCUCCUACUUCUUCCCCUUCCUCUUCCCCCUCAUGUUCCGCCUGGGCGUACUACCAGAUUUCGUGACGCCCUCAGCAGACAGAUACUUCUCCAGCACACUGGAGUCGGCCAUCGACGCGAAGCGGGGACAGACGGCCAAGAAACACACUGACAUGCUCGGAGAUCCAGGAGAAAGUAAUCGAGGAGAUAGUCACAGAAGUCAAAGGCGACGUGCCCACCUAUGAGGAACUCUCCCAACUCAAGUACACAGAACAGGCCAUCAACGAGACGCUGAGGUUUUUCCCGCCGCUGAAGUUCGUGGAGAGAGUGAGCAAAGAACAGAAGACCUAUGACGGUAUAACGAUUCCCGCCAACACUCACAUCAUGAUCCACAUCUGGAAAGUUCAUAUGAACCCAGACUACUGGGCAGAUCCGGAAAAAUUUGACCCUGACAGGUUUAGCGAAGAGAAUAAAGCAACCCGUGAUUCUUUGACCUUUGUCCCGUUUGGUUUCGGGCCUCGUCUGUGCAUUGGUCAACGACUGGCCUACCUGGAGCUCAAGGCCGGCCUGGUGCAUGUGCUGAAAAAGGUCAGAGUUGAGCUGAACGAGACUACAGAACCCAAGGCGGGGGAAGAGAUGAAGAUGCUGGACGAGACAUUUGUGACUCCGGAGAAGGGGAUAAAGCUGGCGGUGAUUCCCAGGGAGUGAAAUUGAUACACACAUUGUUAGGGAGCGAAGGUAAUAUGCAAAUAUUUCCUCCACACAGAAGUUUCGAGUUUCAAUUUUGAGCACAAUAUUUUGAAGUGAAUGGGAAUUUGUCAGAUAUUCAUUUCAGAUAAAUCUGCAUAAUAGUUUUGCUCAAUAUGGUGCUUGAAUGAAAAUAUCCCAUUUUUUACCAUUGUCCAGGUAAUGUUUGUAGCAUAUCGCACCAGUUUGCAUUAGGGCUACCACUUAAAGUUGCAAAGAACACGCCAUAUUGCAAGCUACAACAGUCUAACAAGCUAACAGAAGCUUGCAGAUAUUCUUUUUCUCAAGUUGUCUUUGUCUGAGGAGAUCAUGGUCAAAUUAAAUAAAGAGCACAGAGCUUUUUGUAUUGAACAUUACCUCGAACCGACUCACCACCCUUGACAUAUCGUAAGUUUCACACAAGGUAUGGAAAUUAUGCUGAAGUGAUCUCAAGACCUUCUUUAAUCAAUUUAAUGUCAUGGGUAGCGACGUUCUGUCAGUUUGGGUCUAUUGAGAAUCUGAACUAAAAAUAAAAAAACCCCCGACUAUUUCAAGUCGAGCACUCAUCAUUCGCACCCCUUCAAAUGUCACCCGGGUGCAGAAUUCAAUAGCCGAGUCCCAUGAGAUGUUUGCAGUUAAGACUUUUCUACACCUCAGCGGUCUGCAUUCUCAAGGCAGAUCGCAACUUACGACAUUAACACAUUAACGUUCACGGGGCUGACAUGAAUCAUAGGAUGACAAUGUGUUUGUCUUGAAAAACGGGAACAUUUCCCCGAGGACAUUUGGAUCUGUAGCAAAGUACAUUUUCACCUUCCAGGAUAUGUAAACACAAAAAAUCAAGUCUAUCGGCCAUCCCAUCCACACUCUUGUGUCUCUAGAAACCACUCCAUACUGAAAGAUGUACAGCGUGUGUGGUUUUAAGCACUCAUGGUUUGGCGGGUCCUUUUGACUGGCCACCACUGAACAUUACGAAUGACGUGUUAAACAUUUGUGGAGUUCGAAGGAGGACAUACAGGACACUGCUUCGAAGAAUUCCAGGAUUGUUAGGUUUUUAAAUUUUAAAA